AUGCAUAGCCAUAACUAUCGUCUUCCACAACCAUUCAAAGAUCAGGUUGUUGUGCUGAUUGGGAACUCUUCAAGUGCUGAUGAUAUAAGCAGAGACAUUGCUGGAUUUGCCAAAGAAGUUCAUGUGGCUUCUUGGUCAAAUCCAGCUGAUACAUACAUCAAACAAACUGGUCACACUAACCUGUGGAUGCAUUCAAUGAUUGAGCGUGUCCUUGAGAAUGGUUCUGUGGUUUUUCAGAAUGGGAAAACAAUUUUGGCUCAUGUGAUAAUGCAUUGCACUGGGUAUAAGUAUGACUUCUCGUUUCUUGAUACCAAUGGAAGUGUUAGUGUAGAUGAUAAUCGUGUUGGUCCAUUGAACCAAACCUGA